GACAUGCAGAGCCUCUUCUGAAACAUGGACAUAAGCCGCGCAAAUUCUCUAUCUUAUGAAGAUUUUGUGAAUACCUUUGGAAACGUUAUUGAAAAAGCUCCUCUGGUAGCGGCCGCGGUAUGGUCACACCGUCCAUUUGCCAACUUAUCAGAACUAGAGGCCCGUAUUGUUGAGUUCAUCGACAAGCUACCGGAAGAAGGUAUGGAGGGCAUUCUCAGGUGUUAUCCCGACCUGGCGGGCAGGGACUUCCAGAGAGGCACGUUAACCCGAGACUCGCAAGAUGAGCAGAGCCAAGCUGGCAUGGCCUCACUGACUCCCGAGGAGACCGAGCGGAUGUACAGUCUCAAUACCGCGUAUAAGCGACGUUUCGGCUUCCCAUUCAUCAUAUGUGCCAAAAUGAACGACAAAGCAGCUAUUCUGCGCAAGCUGGCCGAGCGUUCUGGGAACGACCUCGCCAAGGAGAGAGAGUGCGAUAUUGACGAGGUGAAAAAGAUCUGUAGACUUCGGCUCCGCAACAUUGUGUUGCCCGACACUCAACUAUCGACGACGAUGGCGGUUGCAGAGAAAACUGAGAAGACGAAUGAAUGGCUAGCCAAAAAAACAUAGCAACGGGUCGCCUAGGCCUACUCCACGACAUUGCCAAGAAAUGUAAACAGAAGUUGUCCAUUUUGAUUUGAUUCAUGAUCAUUGUUUUGUCAACUUUCAUACAUGUUUUGGUGAAACUUCAAAUAAACAUU